AUGUCGGGUCUCAACGACAACCCCUUUGCUGAUCCAUUUCAGGUGAGAUUAUAGAAAGUAUCUGAGUUUGUGUUUAGGAUCAAAGUGUACAAAAUGCUGCUCGGGGAGCGCAAAAUGCAAGCGAAGAGUUCAAUCCGUUCUCCCAACCAGGUCAGGGGCAGGAUCAUAAGGCUUUUGGCGCAACUCCAGCCUCCACAGCAGUAAGUUUUCACUCCUUUGCCCAAUAUCGAUUAAUCAAUAUGGUUUCGCUGGCAUUUGAAAAGAAUAAUAAGCAACAGCAACCGAUUUGAGAUCUUUAACAUUUUGUAUUCUCGUUUGUCAAUGAAAAUUGUAAAAUAAUGGCUGUCUGUGCUUCAUUUAUAUUAUUUUAGGUAAAUGUUGAUGUUAACAGUGACGAAUUGUUCCGACAACAGGAAGACCUGAGACGUCGAGAAGCUGAAUUACAACGAAGGCAACAAGAAUUCGAGCAACGCCAGGCACAGUCCGGAGGAAGUCGACAACAACACCAACAUAAUUGGCCCCCUCUCCCGUCAUUUGUUCCCGUAGAGCCAUGUUUUUAUCAAGUAAGCAACGCUUGUGAUUAUUAAUACGUUUAGGAUAUCGAUGUCGAAGUGCCUGUUCAAUUCCAAGAGACAGUGAAGAUGGUCUACUAUACCUACUUGACCUAUGUGGGAGCUCUGGCAAUAAAUGCCGUUGCGUCCCUACUUUUUAUGCUGAUUGCUGCUGGAGGAUUAGGAAUCUUCUUUUUAUCUGUCAUUCAACUCAUCUUAUUUACGCCAUGCGCCUUCCUGUUCUGGUUCAGGCCCGUUUACAAGGCUUUUAGGUAGGUGUGAACUAGAAGAAUAUGAAGUAAGCGUGUAAUUUCAGAGAUGACAGUUCCUUCAAUUUCAUGAUAUUCUUCUUCGUGCUCUUUUUCCACACGAUCUUCUGUUUCGUACAGAUGCUUGGGCUCUCCUCUUAUGCGUGUGGAUGGUCAAAUGCCAUCGGCGCAUUCAGUAAUCAUGUCUUGGUUGGACUUGUAAUGUUGUUAUCGGCUAUUGCAUUUACUGUGGCCUUUAUCGGAAUGGCGUUCAGCUUGAUCAAGGUCCAUCGAUUCUACCGAGGUGCUGGAUUCACGUUGGACAAGGCCCGGAAAGAGUUCAGUGAUGGUGUUAUGUCAGAUCGGACAGUCCAGGCAGCCGCCUCCCAAGCAGCCCGUGCCGCAGCAAGCCACGCGGCUAGUGAGAUGGCUCAGGGCAGAUAUUAA